AUGAAAAUUUCAUUCGUUUAUCAAUCGUUAAUUUUGAUCAAUUUAAUAAUCAUUUUCGACAUAAUCGAUACAUUGGAAAUUUUAAAUCUUUUUAAUAUUAACCGCCAUCAUCAAGGAUUAUACAAAUCUUUAUCAUCAUCAACUCCAUUAUUGAAAGGAAAAGUUAGAAAUUUACAUGAAAAAUAUUAUUCACAAUAUGUUGACCAUUUUAGUUUUACCAAUCGUAAUACAUUUAAACAACGUUAUCUAAUAUCAACUGAACAUUGGAAAUCACCAAAUGGUCCAAUUUGGUUUUGGGCUGGUAAUGAAGGUGAUGUUUAUGAUUCGGCUAAAAAAGUUGGCUUUAUUUGGGAUAAUGCUGAAAAAUUUCAAGCAAUGAUUUUAUUUAUGGAACAUCGUUAUUAUGGUAAAUCAAUACCAUAUGGAAAAAAUUCAUUCAAAAAAUUAUCAAAUUAUGGUUAUUUAACUGUUGAACAAGCAUUAGAUGAUUAUGCUAGUUUUAUUGUACAUAUACGUUCAACAAUGAAAGGUGCUCGAUCAAGUCCGGUUGUUAUAAUUGGUGGUAGUUAUGGUGGUAUGCUUGCAGCAUGGUUUCGUAUAAAAUAUCCACAUCUUUGUGUUGGUGCAUUAGCUUCAUCAGCACCAUUUCUACAUUAUCCAAAUAUUUAUGAUUGUAAAAAUUAUUAUCGUAUUGCUACUGAAACUUUUUCAAAUUAUUCAACAAAUUGUUCAGAAUCAAUACGACGAUCAUGGCCAGCAAUACGUCGUUUAGCCAAAACAAAUAAUGGACGAACAUUACUUACUAAAAAAUUUAAUUUAUGUGAAAAAUUUAAUCCUUCACAAUUAGAAUCAUUAAUUCAUUAUAUAUCAUAUAUAUGGGCAGUAUUACCAAUGAUGGAUAAUCCAAAAUCAUCAUAUCCAAUUAAAAAUGCUUGUCAAUAUUUAAACGAACCAGAUUCAAAUGAUGAACAAUUAAUAACAGCGAUUGGUAAAGCCUAUUCAGUAUUUAAAAAAAAUAAACAAUGUAAACAAUUAAGUGGAUAUGGUGAUAUGUAUAUACAAAAAGAUUCAUGGGAUUUUCAAACAUGUACCGAAUUGGCUUUACCCUUAUGUUCAGAUGGUGUGAAUGAUAUGUUUGAAUUAAGUGAAUGGAAAAUGGAACAAUUUUCAAAUGAUUGUCAUAAAAAAUAUGGUAUCAAUCCAGAUCCACAUAAACCAUUAAGAAUAUUUGGUGGUAAAAAUAUUCAACAUACAGCAACAAAUAUUAUAUUCAGUAAUGGUUUAAAAGAUCCAUGGAGUGGUGGUAGUGUACUUGAAUCAUUAUCCGAUUCAUUGAUUGCCAUAAAAAUACCUGGCGCCUGUCAUUGUGAAGAUCUUCUUACAGAAACGACAAAUGAUACGAAAACAGUAUUAGAUGCGCGUGAACAAGAAUUACAGAUUAUUCGUGGUUGGUUUGAAACAUAUUAUGAAAAGAAAAAAAUUGAUUUUAAAUUUUAA